AUGGCAACGGAGCUGGUCCCCGUGGUGGACCUCCGCGCGCUCUCGCAGCCCGACCUGGACGCCCUCGCCGCCGCCUCCGCGCACGCGGUCGCCCCGGGGACCUGCCCCGACGCCGGCCCGCUCCCGCCCCUCAACAUCGACCGCGCCGUCUUCAACGAGAGCGCCGGCUCCCGCAAGCAGACCUUCUCCCGCCACCGCCUCGCCACCGCCUCCUCCUCCUCCGCCGCCCUCCCCACCUCCCCCGCCCCGUCGGCAGGCAAUGACCCCGAGAACCACCUCAUCGCCCACCACCUCCGCCGCCUCUUCGCCCGCGACGCCCCCGCCCGCCCGCCUUCGUCCUCCGCCCCACCUCCACCCCAAACCCUAGCCGUACGCGAGCCCUCGCCCCCGCCGCCGCCGCGGUCACCCUCCCCCGAUCCCGACCGGGAGACCAGGAACUCCAAGGGCGUCUCCGUCGAUCUGGUGAGGCUCGCGGGGCUCGAGGACCCGUACGGCGAGGAGCUGCAGAGGCGAACGGCUGGGCUGAUGUCGGAGCACGAGCUCAUGGGGUUCAUCACUGGCCUGGAAGGGAAGUGGGCGAGCCAGAGACACCGGAGGAAAUUCGUGGACGCGGCCUUCUUCGGGGAUCACCUCCCUAGUGGCUGGAACCUGCUACUCGGGCUCAAGCGCAAGCACAACCAAGUCUGGGUGCAUUGCUUGCAAUACGUGAGCCCAAGAGGACAUCAAUUUGGUACUUGCAGAGAAGUUUCUGUUCAUCUUAUGUCACUUCUUGGGUAUCCAGAGGCCAUAACGCUUCCUAUUCAGCAUAACAGCCCAAAACACUUGCGUGAUGAUGAUGGUCAUGAUGAUAGACAUGAUGAUGGUCAUGAUGAUGGACAUGAGGAUGCUCAUGAUGAUGCUGUAGGUUUCCAGCAACAAGUUCACUCAAGUGUGGAUAACCAAAAUGCUUUGCCAGUUACCGCGGUUAACAUUUCCAGCCAUUCUGGCAAUUCAAAUGAUGAUAAGGAAGAUGGAAAUAGAAAUCCAGCAAAUACUAACCAAAAUGCUUUGCCAGUUACUGCGGUUAACUUUUCCAGCCAUUCUGGCAAUUCAAAUGAUGAUAAGGAAGAUGGAAAUAGAAAUCCAGCAAAUACUUAUCAGUGCGAAAAAUGCAAUUUAACUUUGCAUGACCAAAGUGCCUAUGAUCAGCACCAGCUGUUGUUCCAUAAAAAGAGGAGGGGUAAGAGACGCAAGAGGAGUAGCAAAUAUGGUGAGCCAAUAGUAGGCAAAGAUGGAAAAUUUGAAUGCCCUGUGUGUCACAAGAACUUUGAAGAGCAAUCACGGUACUUCGGUCAUGUUGGAGCCCAUGCAAGGUAUGAAGGGCUUACUCCUGAAGCUUUCUUAGAUAAGAUAUUGUCAGGAAAGGCAGUCAACUACCCUGUGGGGGAGUUACAAUUUACUCUUCAGGAUCUUAGUGAAUCAACUGAACCAAAUGUCAAGACUCCGAGCGAAGCAGCAUCUCUACAUCAGAAUUAUUCAAAAGAACAAGGGCUCGAUAGAUCAAAAGUUAAAGAACUUUUUGGCAUAAAUUGUUCGGACAGUUUCAAUAAGCCCAAUGAAGCUUUGUGUAGACCUGAAGAGGUUACUCCUGUUACAGAUGCUCGAAGUGCUUGCAAGUAUGGAAACGAUAUGAUGGAUUAUGCUGCUGUAACUAUUCCAAAAGUAGCUCCUCAGUCCAAUGAUCAACUAAAUGGUGGAAUUAAUGGCUUUGCUGUUUUUGGUAAUCAGGCAGGAAGCUACCAUGCUUUCAGACCUACUACCUUCGCAAGUGCUAAUCACCGUUAUGAGGACCAGAUUGGUGAUCGUAGCCUGCCUUCUUCGAAGCAUGUUGAGUUCAGUAACACUAUGAAAGCAAGAGAUGUCAACCUUAAUUCACGCCUAGACACAAUAUCUUUCCCGAUUGCUGGUGUAAAUAAUGAAACAUCAACUGCCCUUGAUGAGGCUAAUCAAUCAUCUAUUACUGGGAAAUGCUUCAGUGCCAGUUUAAAUAAUAAUGACGGUGCAUCUACUACAUCAUCCUGUUCUGGCUCAAACAAUAAAGUACCUGGUUCCCUUGGCAUGUCUACUGGAUCAUCUAAUGCUGGCAGGUGCAUCAGUGCUAGUUAUGGUAAUGAUUCUGUUGCUAACAUUUUUGGCAACAAGAACAGCACCAUGGCAUAUCCAUCUAAUAUGAACAUGCGCCCUAUCUCUCCUGUUGUGACUAAUGUGGAUUCUUUUGCUUCCCGCUCGGAUCAUUCAAAGAACAGUGACAAAGAGCGUGCAUCCAACACCAAGGAACGAAUGAAUAUCACGCAGCACAGAACAAGAAAUGAAGCUGCAUUCGGUAUUGAAGGGUAUGGGACUGAUGUCUAUACUGGUGAUAUCACUGAAAGGAGUCUUGCCCAAUUUAGUAACAACUUGAGUCACCUAAAGCCCAAUAUUCCAAGCAGCUGUGCAUUACCUGAGUCAAACACUUUGACAGCCAGUAACUUUAUGAAGGGAACUCAUGUCCAGUGCAUCAAUGGUUCUUUUAUUUAUACAAGUGAUGCCAACAACAUGGAGGGUUCUUUUGUAAAUAAAUCCAUCAGCAAUAAUGAACCAAAGGGGUCUGCACAUGAUGUGAUGGGAAAGCCGAGUAACAAUAUGCAAAACUUCUACAAUGGGACUGCUCCUAAUUGCACCCCACCUGCAGUUAACACUAGUCAGAAUGUCAAUGGUGUAGUAUCUAUGCAGGGCAAUUUUGGUUACAUGUCCACUCUGGUCCAUUCUGUUGGUGAUGUUCCAAGGAGCAGUACAACCCAAGAUCAGUGUGAUUUGCAACUUGGAUUCGGUGGCCAGAAGCAGCACAUAUUCCCUGGUUAUGGAGAGCUUAGAUCGGCUGCAUCUGGAUCCCCUCAGCUUGGUGGCAUGGCAAGAAAUAAUAAUUUACCCACUGGAUCUUCACAGUUUGGCAAUAUGGUCAGACCUAAUUCUUUGCCUGUUGGAUCCUCUCAGGUUGGGAGUCUGGCCAGUUCUAAUUAUGUGCAAAGUGGAUCCUCUCAGAUUGGGCGCAUGGCUGGACCUAAUUCUACACCUCCUGCUGAAUCCUCUCAGUUUAGGCGCAUGGCUGGACCUGAUACAAGACCUCCUGCUGAUUCCUCUCAGUUUUUGCACACGUCUGGGUCCAAUUCUAGACCUCCUGCAGAAUCUCAGUUUGGACGCGUGUCCAGACCUAAUCCUGUACCUGCCGGAGAAUCCUCUCUGUUUAGGCGCAUGACCGGACCUGAUUCUGGACCUCCUGCUGAAUCCUCUCAGUUGUGGCACAUGUCUGCACCCAAUUCUAGACCUCCUGCUGAAUCCUCUCAGUUUGGGCGCAUUGCCGGACCUAAUCCUGUACCUCUGAGCGAAUCCUCUCAGUCCAGGAGCAUGGCCAGGCAGAAUUUUGUAAGGACUUCCGAGCCAACUUUAGUGUUGGGGAAUGCGCCACAGAUGGGAAGUGGCCCUCCGGUCCAAUCAGGAUGGGAUCUGAACUUGUCAAGGAUGGUCGGUGGAGGAGGCAUGAUAGCAGCACUAUGUGUAUGGUGCAACAGCCAGUUCCACCAUUUUGGCUCGGUUGACGGACAGCAGGCUGAUAACUAUGGGCUCAUUUGCCCGUCAUGCAAGGAGAGGGUGGCUGCUCAGCGCAAUAUGCCCAAUAAUGGCUCGUGGCAACCCUGAGCCAGGCGAUGCGGCCGUUUUCCGAUCAUCUUUGUUGGUGAAUGUGAAGUAUCUUGGUGCGUGGUUUUUGUUGAUGUAUCCAAUGGGGGAAAACCACCUGCACUGAGCAGCCUGCAGAGCUGAGCAGGCUAUCUCUAGGAAUGAUGUUUGUAUUCGGUAGGCUGUGUCUUCUCUUAGAAUGUGUAAAGAACAGUUUCAGCAGACCAAUGUAGUUGUAUUUUGUUAGAGCAGAAAGAGUGGAGUUAUCUUAAACUUCAUUACUUAUCGUAACCGUGCGGCCCAUGUAAGAUUCUUGCAAUUCCGGUAGUGAGAACAAAGUCUUCUAGUGCUGUAACAAG